AUGACGAUUGAAAGCAAAUUGUUUAAUCUGUGUAUUGAUGCGAGUCCACCCAGGAAUGAACCAUUAGUAGCCAAGUAUAUGAGGAGUUUUGCUUUUCCUGUACUAUCGAAACUAAGUCCAUUUAACAUAUCCAAGACAGGUAGUUACUUAUCAGCAAAUAAGGAUGUUAUUUUACAAAAAUAUGGAGCGGAAGCUGAAAAUGAUAUUACAUCAGUUUUGGAAAAAUUGGAUUCUUUAAUAGCAGAUAUUUUAAGCAAUUCACCAUUUAGAGAAUUAAGUUCUGAUAACAUAGAUGUUAAAAUUUGGAAUAAAAUUCUCGAUGACUUUUCUGAUCAAGAUGGAAGUCGGCCAACUUGGGUGUAUACUAACUGGUUGUAUACCGAAUGUUAUAUACAUCGUCGUAUAUUUGAAGCCUUUGAAACUAGUACAUUCUUAAAAAACUAUGAUCCAUUUUAUGAGCAAAAAAUGAAGGCUUUAUCGCAUUGUGAAGAAGCUAUGGAUAUUUUGGGAAAAUUCCUAAUCAAAUAUUUCAAUAAAAACGAUGUUCAGUUAAAAAAUCUUCGUGACGACUUACCGAAAAUCAUCAAGUGUGCCUUGUGGGGAAAUCGUUGCGAUCUUUCACAAACUGGUGGUGAUGCUAUUGCACAAACUGAGAGCCCUUUAGAUUUGGUUGAAUCAUUACAAGAUCUUAUGCUUGCUGACGAAUCAUCUAAAGUAGUAGAUUUUUUAUUUGCUUCACUCAAUGAAUCCAAAGACAAUAAAAUUUUAGAUAUCAUAUUGGACAAUGCGGGCUAUGAACUUUUCACGGACUUAUGUUUAGCUGAUUAUUUGGUGACAUAUAAAUUCGUAAACACUGUACGGUUUCAUGGAAAAGCUAUACCAUGGUUUGUAUCUGAUGUAACCAGUCAGGAUUUCACAGCUACUAUAAAUUGUAUAGCUCAUACAUCUAAGAGUGAAACAUUAAAGGAAUUAGGCAAGCGUUGGGAAGGCUAUUUUAAAUCAGGUCAAUGGACAUUUGAAAGUGAACAAUUUUGGACAUUGCCAUUUAACUUUGGUCAAAUGAAAUCAUUAGAUAAUGAAUUAUAUUCCAAACUUUCGGAGUCAUUUUUAAUCAUAUCCAAAGGAGAUCUAAACUACAGGAAACUAGUCGGAGAUAUAUUUUGGGAGCCUACUGUACCUUUUACUCAAGCAGUGGGCAGUUUUAAGCCUUCUAAAUUACUAGCAUUAAGAACCUUGAAAUCGGAUAUCACUUGUGGCUUACCAGAAGGUUUAGCAGAACAUAUAUCAAAAAAUGAUCCAGAUUGGUUAAAAAUCGGCAAAUAUGCCGUUAUUCAUGUAGAUGGUCUUUAA